UUUUUUCCCUUGAGUUUAUUGAUAUUUUUAAUAUUUUUUUUUCCUCCUUCCGUCCUGCCUUUGCGUGCGUGUCCGAGCGGUUCGCGGCUCCCCGCGGUGCUGGACCAGCUGGCGUUACAGGAGCCCUGAUGUCUUCAUCUGACUCUCCGCAGUUGUUGAUGGAGUGUCGUUCUCAGAUUUCCAGGCAGGGUCCCAAGAGCAGCACCCAGAGCCAGCUCCCGCUGCCCGGCGGCGCUCCUCGCGGCUCCGGCCGCUCCCGCCGCUGCUGAGCGCGGCUGAGGGGCCGGGGAGGGCGGAGACCUGCGCGGGGCUGCUCCUGCCGCCACCACAGCACCUGCGGCGCCGGGCAAAGCCACCGAGGUUUCUGCUGGCGGUUCCCCUCUGCCUCCACCCACACUUGAGACCUUGCCCCCCUCUCCCCCGCCCCCCUUCCUUACGUCGUUCCACCCCCUCCUAGCGCAAAGAGGGUCCUAGCGGUUGGACCCCGACCCGGCCCACAUGCAUCUCCCGUCCGGCCGCUCGGCUCCCCGGCGUUAAUGUCCAUCUUGGGUCCAAGGAGACCAGCUCAGAGGGGCCCGUGUUGGAAGGAGAUCUAAGAUGAAGUUAUGGGAUGUUGUGGCUGUCUGCGUUGUGCUGCUCAACACGGUCUCCACCUUGCCCCUGCCCACUGGUAAGGCGCCUCCCAAGGAGCCCCCUUCAGUGGUAGAGGGGCCUGAAGACGAUCUCUCCCCCAUCAGCCUGCUGCCUCCCUAUGCUGUGCACAGUGACUCUAAUAUGCCAGAGGAUUAUCCAGACCAGUUUGAUGAGGUAGUGGACUUUAUUCAAGCCACCAUUAAAAGGCUGAGGAGGUCGCCAGAUAAGCAGGCUCCGAUUUUUUCAAGGCGAGAGAGAAACCGGCAAAAUGCAGCCACGAACAUAGAGAAUUCCAGCAAAAAGGGAAGGAGGAAUCAAAAGGGGAGAAAUCGAGGGUGUGUCUUAACAGAAAUACAUUUAAACGUGACCGACUUGGAUUUGGGAUACGAAACCAAAGAGGAGCUGAUUUUCCGGUAUUGCAGCGGAUCCUGCGACGCAGCCGAGACCACCUACGACAAAAUCUUGAAAAAUCUGACAAGGAAGAAGAAACUUGUCACUGACAAAGUGAGGCAAGCUUGUUGCAGGCCCACAGCCUAUGAUGAUGACCUGUCCUUUUUGGAUGAUAACCUGGUUUACCACAUUCUGAAAAAACAUUCCGCUAAAAGGUGUGGAUGCGUCUGAUGGCUGCCUGCCAGCGGCAGCGCCGGUUUUGCAUUCCUGCUACGACGCUAAGAGAAGGGACCAAGGUUCCCAGGGAAGCAUCUGCUCAGAGCGGACAAAUGAGGACCAAGAAUGCAGAACUAGGGGUCAUUAAAAGCUUGGGGAUAUGUGAGGCGUUAUUGGAGGAUGGUGGCUUUUGAUGUCCUACAGAAAAAAAUCAAUAAAAGCUCAGGUGGAGAUGCCAA